AUGACAGAAUGAAAAUUAUUUGUUUUUAUUUUUUACGCCGGAUAUAGUGUAAACUAAAAUUGUGUUGGUACAAAUAAAGUGAAAUUAAUGCUGUUUGUCCAUAAAUUUUGUACAAGAAUCGUAGUUAUUAGUAAGAUUUUAAGAUGAAUGUUGUGAUUGGACAAAUUGUGGCUCGGCAGUCGUAUAGGUUAUGUUUUAGGACUUCAAAUAAAUAUUUACUUGUUCCCGUAACCUCAAGAUGUCCUGAUUUAACAUCACGAAAUUUCUGUGACAAAGUAGAAGCAAGACGACUACCUCAAUUAAUGGAAUUCCCGCCAAUUGUGUGGCCGUCCCUUAUUAAUUUUAUAAAGAACUGGAUGUUUGCUAACUUCAUUAUAAGACCGUACUUCGACCGAGAAUUUAGACUAGCAGAAUUCGUAGAGGCUUCUAAGCAUGCUGUUCAGGUUGUUUCAGAAAGUCUACAGAACAGUGAAUUCAAAGCUUUGGAUGAAUUAGUGGAGAAAGAUGCUUUAUGUACUCUCAAGUCAGCUAUAUCUAGACUUUCAGUAUCACAAAGACAAUUAUUAGGCAUUAAUAAAGAAGAUAUUUUCUAUGCUUUUCCUUAUCAGGUUGGAGUUAUUUUUGAUGAUUCAGAGAAGCGCUGGGUUGAGAUAACCAUGUGCUAUCAUGUAUUACGAGGCUUAAAGCAGAUGAAAGAUUCCGGUGAUUUACCACCCAUCACAUUGGGAGGGCAGCCAGAGUUUCAAGACAAAAUAUUCAUAUUGAAUUAUAGAUUUAUUCGAGAAUACACAAAAGAUGUUGAAGACAGCUGGUGGAUUAACAUUGUAAACCAUUUUCAACCACAAAACUUCAGACAGUGAAAAGGCUUAAGAAAAUGUGAAUAAUAAAACAUGUAGGUUUGUAAGAGUUCUAUUUCAUUAAAAUUGUAAAAAAAUACAAA